AUGGCGGAUACUGCCCCGAACUCAGCACAAGAGAAGCCUGAAAUGGCUCGUGUCAAUCCCGAUGUCGAAAACGUAGCUCAUCAGCAUAAGGAGAUCGUGUCCGCAUCUCGGAAAGCCUCUCCUGGCUUUGCGCAGCUAGUGAAGAAUAAGAGGGUGCUGGGAUACUGCCUACUCAUCUUUAUCCUGCCCAUCAACUUCGGCUAUGAGUUAGCACUCGUCGGAAACAUUCUCGCGAUACCAGGAUUCCUCGAUCGAUACGGCACUACGACCUCAACUGGGCGGGAGAUUCCUGCACACGACCAGCAAGUACUGAAUGCGUCCACUAAUGUCGGCAUAUUUCUCGCCGCCUUCACAACCGGUUUCAUCUCGGACAUGAUCGGCCGCCGCAAGGUCAUCUUUCUAGGCUGCACCCUUUGCAUAGUCGGUAUCUUCGUCCAGGCCUGGUCUACCUCCAUUCUGAUGUUGUUCGGAGGCAAGCUGAUCAGCACCUUCGGCUACGGGAUGGGUCACGCACUCAGCCCUGUCUUCGUCGCUGAGAUUUCGCCAGACGAGCUUCGUGGCCUAUGUUUGAUUCUUGUUAAUUCCAUGGUUGUCAUCGGCCAGUGGGUCUGCGCCUUGGUAGGCUACGCCGGAACAUUCAUCCAGGGCGACUGGGGCUGGAGAUUGCCAGUUUUGGUGCAGCUGGCUCCGCCAGCCGCUAUGCUAAUCCUCGCCAUCCCGCUUCUGCCAGAAUCGCCUUCCUGGUUAUUAGUUCAUGGAAAAAGAGAAGCAGCAGGUAGAUCCCUUCGAAAGUUCAACGGUCCGAGCCACGAUGUCGAGGCGACGCUCGCUUUACUAGACGCCACAAUCGAGAAGGAGCGCGAGUUGAAUGCUCAGGGAGCUUCGUAUCUCGACUGUUUCAGAGGCUCUAACCUGCGCAGAACAACUAUCGUUUGUAUGGUAUACCUGGCACAGCAAUUCGUGGGCGCUAACUUUGUUGCUGGCUAUCUGCCGUACUUUUUCACCCUCGCAGGGGUGCAGAACGCUGUCGGAGUUGCUCAAGCCUGCUAUACGGUGCAACUAUUCGGCAACAUCUGCUCAUGGUUUCUUAUCGAUCGCUCGGGGCGUCGUCCUCUCAUCGUAUGGGGUUGCAUUGCCAUGACUAUAUUGCUUCUCAUCAUCGGCUGCUUGGGCAUCGCCCGCGACAACAAGCAAGCGUUGUCGGCAGUGGUGGCCUUGAUGGCCAUUUGGGGUUUCUUGUUCCAACUUACCCUCGGAGCAGCGGCCUACGCUGUAGGCGGGGAGACUGCCACCCCUCGACUGCGACAAAAGACAUACUCGAUCAAUGUCAUGAGCAACACGGCAGCGGCAUGCUUGGUCGGCCAAAUAGUACCGAUCCUCAUCAAUCCAGGGAACGCCAAUCUUGGUGCGAAAGUGGCAUUCGUGUUCUUCGGUCCUUCACUGCUCUUCUCCAUCUACCUGUACUUCUGCUUCCCUGAGAUGAAGGGUCGCAGUUAUUUAGAGCUGGAAGAGAUGUUCCAAAAGAAAAUACCGACGAGGGAUUUUGGGAGAUAUACAUGCGUCAUGGAUGUGGUUGAUGUCGAUGGGGAAAAGCCAGUCGUUGUGUUACGAGAUUGA